CGGAUAUUAUCCGGUAUGCCGAACGUUUUGGAUCGGCGAAGACAGGCGGGAGGUCCUGAAGCCAGUACUAUAUGGCUAGGCAGAGCUGAGCAAGUCCAAGCCACGAGAUCGCAGCCGGAAGGCACGUGGGUUGACUCGAAUGCCUGACUCAGUCUCUGGUGGUCAGCGACCAGGUGGUGAUCAUUUCGCGAUUUGCACUCGACCGACGACGAUGGAGUGGCGUGCGUCGCUGCCAACGAUGCCGCCGCAGACGCCGCUGCGACUCGUGCUGCGCUUUCUUGGCAUGACGCUGUCCACCCUCGUUCAGUACUGUCUUGGUCGCUACACGCCGCCCGUCGACGGCUGGUCGCUCCGCACCGCGCUCUCGGUGCAGUACCUCAACCUCAUCCUCGAGAACGAGCGCAUGGCGGCGCGGCGCAUGACGACGCUGUCGUCCAAGGUGGCCAACCUCGCCAUCCGAGACAGCAUCACCGCGGUCUCUGGUCCUGGCUUUCAAGGCCUCUGGCUCGGCGACGCCCAAGAGGCCAGUAGCACGGACCCGAUCCUGCUCUACAUGCACGGCGGCGGCUACACCACUUGUGAUGCGCGAACGUACCUCUCGGGUCUCGCCGAGUUGCGCACGGCGCUGGCGACAGCCCAUGGCAUCGAUCUGCGUGUGCUGGCGCUUGAGUACACGCUGGCGCCCGAGGCGCGGUUUCCAACUCAGAUCCACGAAGCCGAAGCUGCAUACGAGCACGUGGUGACAACCUUUCCAUCGCGACCCGUCUUUUUGUUUGGCGACUCGGCCGGUGGCAACCUCGCGUUGGCGCUUUUGCAAACGCUGCGCGACCGAGCGGCACCGCUUCCGGCGCCAACCGGCGCGGUGCUUGUCUCGCCGUGGUGCAACGCCGACGUCACGGCGUUCGCGCCGUCGUACGCCAAGUACAAAGCUGUCGACGUCAUCCAUGCCCACCACCUGCGGCUUCAUGUGGAUGCCUACCUCCCCGAGGACGCGCCGGCGUCACUGCUGCAAAAUCCGCUCGUGUCGCCAGUGCACGGUGAUUUUACCGGCAUGUGUCCGAUGUUACUGCAUUAUGGCGGAAAAGAAGCCUUCAGCGACGACUGCAAGCGCCUUGAAGAGGUCUUGCGUCGCCAGAACGUGCCACUUACCGUUGAAGUCGAGCCGCUCGCCCCCCACAUCACCCCUGUUUUGGGCUUCUUUUUCAAGGAGAUGGCAGCGCGCGGUGUCGCAGCCAUUGCAACCUUUAUCGCUACGACCGCAUCGACGACGUAGCGCAAUGUAGUGCUCGUCAACAAACAAUACGUGUGGCAUGCAAACUCGCGCGUCUCUGCGCGUGUAUACUGUCGACACCGAGUCCUAGUUCUAAACGAGCCGAAUAGCCUAGGAAUGCGAAUAAUUCCCUUGCUACACAUUUCUCUUUUCCCA